AUGGAAGCCUUGUUCGAGGAUAUCUACACCCUCGAGAAGGAUAAAGUUCACAUUGCGGCUCACUGUUUCGAUGGGUCGGCUCGAUUGUGGUGGACUCAGGCGAAGAAGAAUCACUCGUUGGAUUCCGCUUCCGUUACUUGGGAGGCGUUUCGGGAGAUGUUGUUGAUGGAGUACUUUCCCGAGAGUGACAAGCGCAAGAUCAAGGAGGAUUUCCGCAAGUUAAGGCAAGGUAGCCGAACGGUGCGGGAGUACGAAAGGGAGUUCACGCACAUGAUCAAUUGCGUGCCGGGCUUGGUCCACGGUGAUAGGGACCGAGCGGAGGUUUUUGAGCACGGGUUGCGACCCGAAAUAUUCAAGGUCAUUCAUGGAUUCCGCUUGAAGACCUACGAGGAGGUUGAGUAUGUGGAUCGGGUUCAUGAGCGUGGAUAUGGUUUAUGA